AUACACAUACUCACGCACAUAGAUAAAAAAGAAGGAAAGAACAAUGAUUAGUCACAAUUAAAAUUAAAAACCAGAGAAUAAAAGUGUCUUAAGCUGCGUCUUAAAAGUACCAACAGCCUCAGCCUCAUGUCUAACCUGUCUAGCCUAUCCAUGAAUACACUAGAGAGUCAGUUAUUAUAUUAGCGUCCCUAUAUUUUACGGAUUUCUUUAACGCCACUUCAACCAUGGUUACCCUGUCGUUGCAUUCCUGUUGUUUCAUCCCUCUCUUUCCCUCGAGCCUGAGCCACUUCAGCUGUUCUCCUUGUGCCCCAGGCUCCGGCUGCAAGAUGCGAACGUUGGACAGUGGAAUUGGAACCAUCCCCCUUCCUGAAUCCUGUUCCUUCUUCUCCUCCAUCCUGCACCUCCUCCCCAAAUCCUCAUCCAUCCCCGAGCAGUCCCUCCGUCCUCCCAGUGUCCCCGGUUCGUCCAGCGAGGACGUGGUGUCUCCUUCCCCGUUACCCCGGUGGAGGAUACCCUCCGGCUUUAAUGACUGCAGCCAUGCACGGGUGCCGACCUCCCUCUCCGACUCCUCCGUGACCCACAUCCAGUCAGUGCCUUUUCCCACUGUGGCCUUCCUCCAGCCCGUCCAACCCCAGUGUGAGCCCAUUGUAACCAAGAGCAGGCCGCCCAGACCUCCGCCAGGUGGGAUGGAACCAAAGAAGUUGACCUACGUCAAAUCGAAAACACGACCCACCCCGAGCCAACAGAAAGAACAGACGAGACUCCAGCUUGCCAACUGUAAGACAACAUAGAGCUUGUUUAUUUAGGACACGUUUGGGUAAAACUUCAGGCACUUAUCAGUUUAUUGUCUAGCUUUAGUAUCCAGCGUUACACAGUUCUUAAUAGGAUUAUAAAAAUAGACCACAGAAAUUAUUUUCCAGUUAUCACCUCUGAAAGUCGGAGUGAGCUGUUCCAUUAAAACAGGCAAUCUUCUGUAUAAUUAACUGGGACCUCCAGCCUUGUAAAACACAAAGGAACGCUAUCUUGAAAAUUCACAUGACAACUUAUAAACUUUCCCAAAGACUUUUGGUAACUGAAAAAAGGGUCAAAAGUUUGGAGACUGCCCAUUGGUUCUGACGGCCCGUUAUCCCCA